AUGAAAUCUUCUUUGCUCAUUUUCAUUUUGAGCUUAUGGACAGUUAAUACAAAUAUGACCUAGAAUGGUUGCAGUAAUAAUCAUUAUUAUAUAUAUAUUAGCAUCAAAAUUAAAUAAAAUAUCAAUCUAUCCAACUACAAAUGAGAUUUUAACAUGGUAAAUAAAAUCAGAAUUUUUUGAUGGUGCUGAUUUAACAUAUACAUUAAGUGAUUCUCAAUAGAAAGAAUUUUAGAUUAUACAUCCAAUAGAAUAAACUGGAAGAGAUACUUCACAUAAAAAUGGUAAUAAUUAAAAAUUCUAUAUUAAAAGUUGCUUCAAAUAUAAUUACAGCCAAAGCAGCUAGAAUAUCAUCAAGUGGAUUUUGGCUCAACAUCUUUGCAUUUCUAGAUUAAUCUGAAGAAGAUGUUUACUUAAAUAUUGCUGAAGGGUACAAUAAUAAUUCUAUAUAUAUAAUAGUACAGAUAUUAGAGCAUCUCCUAAUUUCAAUUAACGUUACUUUAUAACAAAAAGAAAUAACACUGAAAUAACAUGUUUUGAUGUUGAUUUUACAAACACUCAAUAAUAUAUUGUGGAUUGUUAAAAGUAAGUAAUUCAAGAAGAAAAAAUUAUAUUAGAAAAUAUAUUCUUUGUACUAUCUAAAGAUGGAAAUAAAACAUAAAUGUUUACUGAAAAAGCUUUCUUUUAAACUUAUAAAUAAAGGUUUUUAGGUUAAUAUACAAUUACUAAUGCACUUGGUGUCACACAUUAAUAUCUUUUUAGAGUGACACCAGCAUAUGCUAUUAGUUUAGAUUCUGAAUUAGCUUUAGACUCUUUAGUAGAAGUAUAUUUAAUGUCUGCUUCUGGUGAACCUUAGAAUACAAAUUUUGUAUUGGACAGAGCAGUAUUGGCAGAAACAUUGGGAGUUCCUAAUGUUAGUUUUUCUUUGGUUGAUUUUUCUGUUUAACCAAAUGGAGAUAUUUAUUUAUUAGAUGCCUAUAAUGGUUUAUAUAUAGUAAAUUAUUUACCUAAUGGUGAAUGGAAAAUACAAAAUAUUGUAUAUCCAAGAACAGGAUAAGCUUUUGCAUUUAGUGUAAAUUCAUUCAUAAAAGAGGAUGAAUCACUAGCACAUGUGAUUGUAGUGUAGGGAUAUAAUUAUUUUAUUUAAAUUGAAAAUAUGGAAUUCAAAUAUAUAUAUGAUUUACCAUUCAUUCAAUUAGAGUAUCCUGCUUAUAUUAAAUUAUCUUAAGAAAAUGUUAUUAUUAGAAAUGAACAUACACUUUAUUUAUAUAAUAUAGACACAGAAAAUGUUCAAUUAAAUUCUAGAUUAACUUUAAGUUAGAAGGAUAUUAUUUUAUUGAAUCCCUAUUUACCUGAUUUAGUAGUCAUAUCAAAUUUAUUAUCUAAAAGAUAUACAUUAUCAAUGGGUUAUUUGAAAUAUGUAGGAAGUACAGAAGCUAAAACUUAAAAGGAUAUUAUAUUAACAGCUAAUGCUCCAAAUGAAUAAAAAUGUUCAAUAACUAUAUCUUAUUAAAUAUUAAAUGAUAGAGAUCCAUAAAUUUAUAAAUUAGCUAAUAGUGUACAUCCAUUUCCUAAAACUUUGAUUGAAGGAGAUACUUAUCAAUAAUUAUAAUCUUAAGCAUCUGGUCCAAAUCAAUAAUAUCAUUUAAGUGAUAAUAAAUAGGAAGAUACUUAAAUUUAGGGUAUCAUAAAUAAGAGAUGGAUUUUGAAAAAGGAUUCUAUUGUAUGGCCUAACAAUGUAGUUUAUGCUGAUGUUUUAGUAUUAGAAAAGUAGACAUAAUUUUAUUAGAUUAUUUAAACUGAUGAUUUAAAAAUGUAAAUAUGGCUUUGUGAACAUAUAUCAAUAUUUGAAUAAGAAUUUACUUGUUUUAAAAUUGCAUCUGAUAUAGAUUUAAAAGUUAUUGUUAAUAAAUAAACAUUUACUUUAUGGAGACAUGAUUUAAAUAAUAUAUUCUUUAUGUAUAGAGAUACUGAUUAUAGUGUAAUAAUGAAAUAUUAUUAUGCAGGAGAAUAGAAAAUCUUUAAAUAAUUAACUUAUGAUAAAUCAAAUCCUUUGAAUAAAAUAUAAUCAUUAUUCUUUGCUGACAAUUAUUUCUUUAUUAUCAAAGCAGAUGAUACAAUAUUAGCAUAUUCUACUUAUGAUCAUGAAAAUCAACUCUUAGCUAUAGCUGAUGCUAAUACUUUUAAGUCUUAUGGUUAUUCCUUAAAUUGGAAACCAUAAAGAUUAUUUGGAAAUAGAAAACUUCAUCCUAAUCUUUUAUUUGUUGUUAAUCAAGAUAAUAUUGUACUUAUUGAUUUUCAUAAUAAAUUCACUUUUCUUUAAUAAUUUGCAUUCAAAAAUAAUCUUGAAGUAGAAUUGGCUAUUGCAGAAGAUACUUUCUUUAUUGUUUAUGGAUAAUCAACUUAAGGAGCAAAAGAUGGUUUUAUUGAAGAAUAUGAUUUCUCUAGAUUAAAUAAUAUUUUCAAAAUCAAGACUAUCUAAUUGUAUUGGUAUUAAAUUACUUCACCAUUAACUAUUGAUUAAAGUGAAGAAAAUGGUAGAUUAUUUGUAAGAGCUUAUUGUAAAUAUUCUAAAAAAGUACAUAUCUUAGUAUUUACUCCUGAUACUCUAUAACAUGAUAGUCUUUAUGAUGCUUGGAGUAUAUCAAAUGAAAAUAUUGCAGAUAAUGAUAAAAUUGUAAUGGCUGUAGAUGGAGAUUAAUAAAUGUUCUUGUAUACAUAUGUAAAAGGUUAGACAACUUUAAUUUCAGAACUUAAAAAUUCUGUAAUGACAAUUAAAGUUAAUUUGGAUAAUACUAUGUAUAAUUCAAAUAUGAAUUUGGAUCUAAUAGUUUCUAAUUAUGAUUAUCCAGAUGAAACAUUUAAUACAAUCAAAAUAUAACAAUAAGUUUAAUUGAUUAAUACUUAAUCAUCUAUUCAAAUAGAUGAUUCUAAAUUUGAAUUAUCUAAAUCUGGUGUGAUUAUGAAUUCUAAUGUUUAAUAAAAAAAUGUUGAAUUAGGUACUUAAUGGUUCUCUGGUUAAUUAAUUGGAAUUGAUUUAGAAUGUGAAUAAUGUGAAUAUCAUGUAUUAAUAUAAAAUAUUUUGGAAAUCAAUAAUCCAAAAUUUUUCAAUGGAUUUGAAAUCAGAGACUUGAUCAAAUAUAAUGAUAAUACUAAUAUCUUUGUUGCCACAAAAGGUUUAAUAUUUACAUCACUUGAUAAUACCUUUUUAGCUUCAUAUCAUUUUGAUUUACCAUCUCCUACUUAUAGAUGUUAUUAAGCAUAAGUAUCUGCAGAUAAACUUCUUAUUUAUACACUUUGUGAAGAUAAAGGUUAAUUUUCCAUUUAUGUCACUGGAUGUAUUUCAGUUACUGGAUGUUCUCCAUUAGGUGAGAAAUAUAAAUUAGAGCAAGCUUCAAAAAUAUAAUUAAUAGAUAAUGAUAUAAUGGUUGUUUUACAUACAGAUAAUUUCUAAUAUAGUGAAAUUGAUGGUAGAAUUGUUAUUUAUUAAUUGAAGAAGGGAUUAACAACUUGGAAUUUAGAAGUUUUAGAUGUGAUUGCAACAUAAACUUUGAAUUCUUAAUUAGAAAAACCUAUAGAAUACUUUAGACCUAGUGAUUUUACUGUUAUUAAACAAUAUUCAAAUUAAGAUUAAACAGUAUAUAAAAUGAUAAUUAGUAAUUCAAAGAAUGGAAUUGUAUUCUAUGAUUUUACUUUGAAUAAUUUAAGAUAUUAAUUUUAAUCUGUUGAAUCAUUCGAUUUAUACAAUUAUUUAAAUUAUGAAGUUAAUCAAUAUGCAUUUUAGAAUACUCACUUUUUAUAAAUAAGAUUAACUGAAAAUCCAACAUAUAAUGUAAUUUAAUAAUCAAUUCAAUUUUAAUUAUUGAUCUAAACAAAUAAUGCAGCACAUUAUGGAAUUACAUUUAAUUUUAAAAAGUCACUUAAUUAAUUAUCUACUAAAAUUGAUUCAAAAUAAUUAGAUUUUGUAUUAAAUAGAUAUUCAAAUUGGCCAUCCAUUAAUAAAAUUGCUACAAAUGGAAACUAUAUUGCCAUCCCUUAUUUCAAUGAUAAUUCUCUACUUAUAGGUCUAUAUAAGAAAUCUGCUUCCAUUCCCUCAACUAUUAUUAGUGGAACAUACUUAGAAUAUAUUUAAGGAUAAUACAUAUCUCCAUUGAAUAUGGCCUUAUUCUUUGAUCUUUCAUAAGAGAAAUUGCUUUUUGCAAGUGAAUUAUAAGGUCCAUUAAAAAGCUAUUCAGUAUUAGAUUCUCCAAUGAUUACUUUCAAUAAUAAGGAUGGAGAUUUGAAAAACUAAACAAUUACAGUUAUUCUUUAAAAUGAUUUCAAUAUUGAAAAGACUAAAUUCAAAUUAGAAGUCAGACCAAUAGAUUUAAAUGAAUGUCAGACCAAAAUAACCAAUAUUUAGAUUUAUCCUUCUACUACUGAAAUUAUGUAAUGGCAAUUAUCAAAUGGAAUAUUUGAAGGAGUUGGUUUGAAAUAUAGCAUUGAAGAUAAUUAAGAUUUUUCUAUCAUUCAACCUAUCAUAUAAAUUAAUUCAUCAUAACAUUGUACAUAAGGUAUAAUAUAAAGUUUUUAUAUUUAGUAAUUGGAAAAGUAUAAGCAAUCAAAUCAUAAUGGAUACUAAGUGAAUGGAAUGGUCAUUUUGCAUUCAUAGACUAUAGUACAGCUACUAAUGGUUUAUAUUACACAAAAGUUGCAGCUCAAUAGAAUGAAGCACCUAAUUUCUCUGAAGUAGUUUAUGUAGAUCCAGAAGCACCAACAACAAAAUGCUUUGAUUUUGAUUAUGUCGAUAGAGAAUCAUCAGAUAAUUUCUUAAUUGAUUGUUAAUUAGAUCAACAAAAAAUUAUUUACAUAAUUAAGGCAAAGACAAUCAAAGCUAUUUCUACAAUAUAAUCAGAGUUUACAACUAAUAAAUUGAGAUGGUUCAAUAGAUUGCCUUAUAUAGGUUCUAAUUUUUAUUUGAGAAUAACACCUGCUUUUUCGAAUACAGAAGAUGGUUCUGUUGGCAAUGUUUCAUUAAUAGAACUCUUCUAUUUAGAUGGUCAAAAUAUAGUCUUAUUAUCUAUAAUUGAUAAUGCUAAAUUGGCUAAAUUGUUGAAAAAAGAUAAGAUAGAUUUUAUGUUGGUUGAUUAUAAGAUUUUUAAUUAUUAAAAUUUCUAUGAAGAUGCAAUUCUCUAUUUAUUAGACUAAAAAUUAGGAAUAAUAUCAUUAUAAUUCAAUGAAAAGACUAAAGAUUGGAUACUCUUAGAUCAUAUUAAUUUUAAUCUGUAAUAAUUUGUAGCUUUUGAUAUAGAUGAUUUUAUUAAUGAAAAAGGAUAGAUUGUUUAACAUAUAGUAUUAUUAAGUUACAAUUACUUUUUCUUAUUGGAAAAUAAAGAAAUUAUUAAAGUAAAAGAUUUAGAUUAUUUCACUUCAACUUAUCCAUAAUAAAUAUCAUUAAGUUAAAGGAAUAUUUUUAUUCCACAUAAUGAUGCUGUAUAUAUUUAUGGUUUCAAUGAUUAAUCAAUUACUUUAUUAGAUAAAUAAUUAAUAACAGGAGGAUUUUCUGUUGAUAAAAAAAAAGAAGAAUUUAUAGCUAUUGGUUAGAAAGAAUCAAAUUUAUUCUUCUUUAGUUAAGGUGCUUUGAAAUAUGAAUUUAAAUCUGGUAAAAUUAAGGAUGGAGAAGUAAAAAUAAUUGCUAAAUCAUUAAAUAAUUAAUAAUGCCAAUCAAAUAUUAAAUAUUCUAUUAUUAAGAGUGAUGAUACAAAAAUCUAUAAGAAAACUGAUUCAGAAACACCUUUCCAACCUGUUGUAGAUGAAAACACUAUUAUCGAUUUGGGAGAAUUGACUUUAGGUCCAAAUCAAAAAUAUUAAGUAGUAUAUGAAAUGUCUGAAAAUAAUAAUGAUUUAAUCUAAGAAUAAGAAUAAUAAGAUUAAAUUAGAAUUAUAUAGAAGAGACAAUAUUAAACAAAAGGCUAGCCCUAAAAUAUUAUAUAUUAAGCUUCUAUUGUCUAAAAGCAAUCAAACUUUAUCAUCACAGCAUUCUAAUUGUAAAGUAAGGAAUUAAUUAUUCAAUAUUCUACUAUUUCUGAUUCAGAUACUUAUGAAUUUAAACAAAUUUCUACUAUAAAAGAUAUUACAGUAGAUUUAAAUGAUUAAUUAUUCACUAUGUGGGAUGCCGGAGCUCUUUUUAUAAAAUUUGUAACUCUAAUCAAUGAAUAUGAAAUUAAUAUUUAUAAAUUUACUAUAUUUGGGCAAUAAUCUGUUGAAAAAAUAACAUUCCCUCAAGAUGAAGGUUAAUAAAUAGUAAGUAUAUUAAAUUAAGGAUAAUAUCUAUUUAUUUUGUAAAAGAAUGGAUUGUUACAUAGUUAUACAAUUGAAUAAUUUAGCUUUGUUAAUAGUAUAAAUAGUAAUGAUUUAAUUGGAUUUAAUGAAUCAUGGAAACCUUUGAAAUUAUAUGGUAAUAGAAUAUUAAAACCAAAUAUUGUAUUUAUACAAUAUGAAGAUAAAAUUGUCUUAACUAAUUACAUCAAAUCAGAAUUUAUAUUCAUAAAAUAAAUUGAUUAUACUUAAUAUAAUCAAAUAUAUAUUUCGGCUGCGAAAGAUUCAUUCUUUUUAGUUAAUAAUUAAGAAAUAUUAGAAUAUAAUUAUUAAAACUUAUUGAAUAUUUUCAAAUCAAAAACAGUUGAAUUAUUUGGAUAUACUAUUGAUAUGCCAUUAAUUGUUACAUCUUAAUUAUCAACUGGUAAUUUAAUAAUUAAAACUAUUAAAGCAUAAGAUGUUUAUUUAAAUAUAUUUAGACCAUCAUUAACAUAACAUGAAACAUUCUAUUUAGCAUAUUUAUUAAAUGGUUUUAAAGAUACUCUUGAAUUUACAAUAUCUAUAGCAGAUGAUGAUUAAAUGAUACUUAGUAUUAAUCAUGCAUUUAAAUAAACAAUUGAUAUAAUUGAAUAAUCUCCAUUAUUAGUAUUUGAUCCAAAAUAUGAUGAUAAAAAUUACUAUAAACUUGUAAAGUUGGCUGUAAUUGUGAAAAAUCAAGAUGAAUAGAGUAAUUAACUUAUAUUUGAAUAAAAUGUAAGAAUUGUAAAUUCAUUUUCAACUUUGAGUGUCAAAAAUUCAAAUUCUAGUAUUAAGAUUAAUUCAACAAAUACAGUUGAAUUUCCAUUUGAAUCUGCUUAAGGAUAGAAUAUUUUCACAACCCUUAAAAAAUAAAAUGAUACAAAAGAUAAUAUUAUCUUAAAAUCUAUGAUUUAAUAAAUCAAUAGUUCUAAAAAAAUUGAUUAUCAUAUAAAUUAUGGGUAUACUAAGGAUAAGAAAAAUUCAGAAUAAUUUACAGUGUAUUUACAGGCAAAGAAUACUUUAUUAAUUGGUACAAAUUAGGGUGAAGAACUAUCAUAUGUACCAGCAGAAUAUACACUACCUGAUUAAUAUAAUUGUUUUAGAGUAGAAAAUUAUAAAGAUAGAUUUUAUUCUAUAUGUAAUAAUGGAGUUGAGAAUGAAUUGGUGUUGACUAAUUGUAUUAACAAUAAAUGUAAAUUGAUUAAUUCUUAUAUUGCAAUACCAAAUGGACAUUAGGUAUUAGCUCCUUAUGAUAAUUUUAUUAUUGUUUUGUUUUAUAAUCCAUUAAAUCCAUAAGAUUAGGAUGGAGAGUAUAUAAUAUAUCAAAUUAUAAGUAAUGAUGGUUUACAUGUAACAAAAGAAGUAAUGGUAAUGAAUUUGGAAUACAUAAAAAAUAAUAUUAAUAAUAAUGCAACUAAUUAUAGACCUUCAAGUAUGACAGGAGUUAAAGUUGAAAUAUUUAAAGAUACUUAUAUAUAUUUAUUAUUGGUAACAGAUUGUAUUGAUGAAUUGAUGUUUAAUAAUUUGGUAUUAUUCUAAGAGGAUAUCUAUUCUUCAGGAAUAGGUUCAAUUUCACUUAAGAAAUUGUUGAAUUAGUAAAUUACAGAUUAGACUCUAUUUUUAUCAACAUAAAUAAUGUCUUAAGCAUUUGAUAAAGAUAUCUUAACAAUUGAUGUAGUAAUUUUAACUUCAGAUUCAGGUUCAUUUUAAAUUAAGAUGAAAUUUAAAUAUAUUAAGGAUAAAAUGAAGUUUGAAAAUCAAUAAUCAGAUAUAAUAAGAACAUUCAUUAAAUAUAAUGAUUGGAAAGUUCUCAAUUAUUUGGCAGUUGAUUCUUCAUCAAUAGGAGUUGCUUAUUAUUAAGAAAAAUAAGUGACUGUGGGCAUAUAUCAAAUACUUAAUGAUAGUCCAUAUUUAGUAACAUCUGGAGGAUAUAAAUAUGUAGUAUCUAAAUAAGAAGAUUUGAGUCCAUUAAACUUUUUAAUGUUAUUAUCAGUAAUUAUUUUAUAUUUAUUUUUAAGGAAAACUAUUUCUUUAGUGGUAAUCCAAAUGAAAAGGGAUUAAUUAAAUAUAAAUUGAAUAAAAAUAAUUCAAUUGAAAUAAAGGAGCCUUAAAAUUUAAAGAGCUAAAAUUUGACUUUGACUUUUGAAAAUGAUUUCUCAAAGGCUGAAUAUAAAAUUGCAUUAGAAAUAAUACCAAAUAAUGAUGAUGAUGAUUCUAGUAAAGGCUUAGGGGCAGUUUGGAUAGUAUUAAUUGUGCUUGGUAGUCUUGUUUGUCUAGUCUUAAUGGGUUUUUGUUAUUAUAAAUAAAAAGACCCAAAUUAAGAAGAAGAAGGUCAAUUAGUAUGAAAUAUUAACAUAAAAUAAUAAAAAAAAUGUAAUUUAAAAUGCC